AUGGCUGCCGCCCUGGGAGGAGGCGCAGAUGAUGACUUUGAUCAGUUUGAUAAGCCUGGUGCAGAAAGGUCUUGGAGAAGAAGAGCUGGAGAUGACGACUGGGACAGUGAACUUGAUGAUGACUUGCUUGGAGAGGAUUUGCUAACUGGCAAAAAGAAUCAGUCAGACUUGUCAGAUGAAGAGCUGAAUGAUGAUCUUCUGCAAAGUGACAAUGAAGAGGAACAAGAAUUUCGUUCUCAAGGUGUCACAGUUAGCCUCAAUGCAACAUCUGGCAUACUUACAUCAUAUGAACUCUCUGAGACCAUCAACGAUCCAUCAAUAGAACAUGAGUCUGAGUAUGACCAAGGGGAAGAUGAAAUUGUUUAUGACAAAUCUGAAGCACCUGAAGUAUAUGCUUCAGAAUAUGCAGAGGAAGGACAUUAUGAAGGCAAUGAUCCUGAACUGACAGAAGACCAAAUAGAAUAUGGGGAAGAGCCUGGAGAAGAAGAUGAAGUGCUAGACCUUGAAAUCAAUGAACCCCUAGAUGAAUUUCCAGAUGAAGACUAUAUGCAAUCAUAUAAUGAGCAAGCAAUGGAAGAACAAGAAGAAUAUACAGCUGAUGAGGAGCUGGAAGAAUCCCGGACAAUAACAAAUGAAUCAGAAGAGGCAGCUAUUGAAUCUCUGGAACUUCAAGAAGAAACAAAAGAAGAAUCUGAUGAAGAGGAGGAUGACGACGAAGAGUCUGGACGAUUACGUUUCAAAACUGAACGGAAAGAAGGAACGAUAAUUAGGCUGUCAGACGUGACAAGAGAAAGGAGAAACAUUCCAGAAACUUUGGAGCUUUCUGCAGAAGCCAAAGCAGCAUUACUUGAAUUUGAAGAGAGGGAAAGGCAGCUUAAACAGGGACGGUAUGGCUCAAGGAGAGGAGGGCGAAGAGGAGGCUCGGUUAUGUGCCACGGAAUGGGAGAACAAAGGAGAGACAAUAAUGAUAGGGGAAGAAUGAAGGAUCACAGGCCUGCUCUGCUGCCAAACCAGCCAUCAACAAUGACUCAUUCACAGAGGUUAAUUCCAACACACCAACAACCUGUUAGGAGUCUGUUCCAGCAGCACCAACAGCAGCAACAGCAGCAGCAGCAGCAACAGCAACAACAACAGCAGCAACAACAACAGCAGCAGCAGCAGCAACAGUUACAAUCUCUGCUUCCUUUACAGCAUCAGCAUCAUUCUUCUCCUCCUCCAGGGCUACAUAUGCCCCCUCAAAUAGAAACGCCUAGAAUAAUGAUGACUCCACCUCCAGUGACACCUCAGCAACCGAAGAACAUACACAUAAAUCCGCAUUUCAAGGGGACAGUAGUGACGCCUGUACAAGUGCCCUUGCUGCCAGUUCCAGCCCAGCCAAGACCUGCUGUAGGACCCCAGAGAUUUCCUGGCCCUCCAGACUUUCAGCAGCAUACGCCUGGACCAGUUCCUACAAACUUCUCCCAAGCCCCAAGGCUGCCAAUGCAGGACCAGUGGAGAGGACCCCCACCACCUCCACCACCACUCCCUCCUCCACCUCCUCAAGAAAGAGAUCCUUUCUUCAUAGCAGAUCCAAGGUUUCCAAGCCAUCACUUGUUUGAGCAGCGGAGCCCCCCACCACCGCCACCUCCACCGCUUCUUAAUAGCGCGCAUCCUGUCCCUACCCAAAAUCCAAUGCCGUUCAGCCAGCCCGGGCCAGCGUUUAAUCAGCAGGGACAACAACCAGUGUUUCCAAGAGAGCGGCCGGUACGGCCGAACAUGCAGCCUCAAGGUCCGGUGGGGAUCCUCCACUUCAACCAGCCGGGUUCAGCAAAUCCGCGGCCGUUCAUCCCUCCGAGGCAGCAGUUCCUGCAGGCUCCGGGACAGCCCUUCCUCGCCGCACACACGCAGCCCAGCAUGCAGGGUCCCUUGCAUCCUCCAUUACAACCUCAGCCACAGCCUCAGCCUCAGCAGCACCAUCACCAGCAGCAGCAGCAGCACCAUCACCAGCAGCAGCAGCAGCAACAUCAUCAUCAUCUCCAAGGGCCACCACAGCCAUUGAUGCCCAUGAACCAGCCACAGUUCAGGCCUCAUAUGCAGGCCACGCAGCAGCAGCCAAAUAACAACAGGAUGCAGUGUCAGCCGCGACAGGGUCCAAUGAAGCCAAGACAUAAUACACCAUCACAAAAUAUUGUCAAGCGUCCAAAUCAGCAGCUACAGUCAACUGCUCCAAGAAAUAGUAACUUGCGUGAGUUGCCGAUAGCACCAUCACAUGCUAUGGAAAUGAGCAACAACAGGCGAACCUCUACCCCAGCUGCUCAGGUCAAACCAAUUACCAGCACGAUGUCUGCCACCAAGUCUGUAGCUGGUGUUGGAAACUCACAGGGAAGGCCUGAGAUGAAAGCUAAAGCAAUCACACCAGUGGGCCAAGCAAAAUCAGAAGUAAAAUCUGAACCAGAGUAUCCAGAUGAAGAUGAAGAAACUAGAUUGUAUCGCUUGAAGAUAGAAGAGCAGAAGCGUCUAAGAGAAGAAAUUCUGAAACAAAAGGAGCUGAGACGGCAGCAGCAGGCUGGUGCUCGGAAGAGAGAAUUGCUUGAAAGACUUGCGCAGCAGCAGCAGCAGCAGCAACAACCUUCUACGCAACAGUCCUACAUGCAGCAGGAGGACGAUUCCUCUGAGUUCCCCACCAAUGGCAGCCCUUACAUACCCCACUCUGGCUUACAGACCAGGCAAAAUGUGAAAAACAGACUCCUUGUUAAAAAGCAAGAUAUGGUAGUUCCAAAUAUCCAACCCAAACCCACAGAUUUCCCACAGGUCGGGGCGAAUAUGCAGUAUCAAGGACAGCAGAUGAAGCCAGUGAAGCAGCUGAGGCAGACUAGAACAAUACCUCCGAGUCAGCCUCAGGCAUCGCAGAAAGUAUUACAGACAAAACCUGCUACAGCAUCACUGCCCACGACACAGACUGCUCGAGUGGCUUCGGCACAACCAAGGCCCCAGGAACUGAAACCUGGUGUGAAAAGGACUGUCAUGCAGCGGACAAACAGUGGUAGUGGAGAUGGGCCCCAUGUCGGCAGCAAAGUCAGGGUGAUUAAGUUGUCAGGAGGGCAGGGGGGAGAGGAUGCUGGCUUUUUUCACCCAGAGGGCCAGCCCCAGCGGCCUCAACAACCCCCGGAGCCGAAACAGCAGCCCGUGCGGAAGGUCACAUUGACAAAGGGAAUGCAACAGCAGCAGCACCAACAGCAGCAGCAGGCACAGAUCCAUUCACCAGCUCCUCAAGGAGUCAAAAACAUCCAGGGAAUCCAUCAGCCUAAAAAGGUCAUUAUGCACGGCAGAGGCAGAGGAGUAGCAGGCCAGAUGGGCCGAGGACGCUUGAUGCCAAAUAAACAGAACCUGCGAGUGGUGGAGUGCAAACCUCAGCCCUGUAUUGUGUCAGUUGAAGGGCUUUCUUCAUCAACUACUGAUGUCCAACUGAAAAACCUGCUGAUGUCAGUGGGACCCAUUCAGAGUUUACAGAUGCUUCCUCAACAACGGAAAGCCAUAGCAAAAUUUAAGGAGCCAGCACAUGCUUUAGCAUUUCAACAGAAAUUCCACAGGCACAUGAUAGAUCUGUCCCACAUAAAUGUGGCACUGAUAGUUGAGUGAUGUCUGCUGAGAGAAACCCUGACACUAACAGAAGCGAACUGUGGAGCUGCACGAGGCACAGUGGCAAAACCAUCAGGUUGUGAAACCUUUCAGCUUAGUCUUUAAUUGCUAUGUUGAACUACAGAAAGCAGCAAGAUGUCCUUCAGAAGAGCUGAACUUGAGAGGAUCUGCAAAGGUGGAAUUUCUGUUUGGUUUGUUCACGUUCUGUUGUAACCACAUGGAAUUACAGAUUUUUUUUCAAAAUGCUUUCAAUGCAUGUAGACACUGUUCUUCGAGAUCCUACUGUGUGACCACAGUGACUUGAGAGAGAACGUUUACAUCGAAAGAGUUAAAAACUUUCUUCAUAGCAAAGAAUAUUUGAUAAUGGUUGCUCUUAUCUUCGGUGCGAGGUAUUUGAAUGAAAACUCACUUUUCUAAACAAAACACGUUAGUCACGUUGUAUAUCUGGGAGCACAGAAGGUAUUCUUGCAUAGAUUUAAACGUGGUCUACUUCACUGAAUAGCAGUAUGCUGAGAAGCUUUGGAGGUGACACUGGAAAACUGUAGUUUUGAUCUUUGUAAAUAUGUUAAGUCUGUCUUUGCAUUUUUCUAUUCCAACACAGACUUCCAUCUUCUCCUUCCAACUCCACUUAUUCCAUAAAACCCUGUGUAGGAAUAACAUUGCUGUAUUUUCCCUUGGUUUUUAAAAACAAGGAUCUUUGCCCUUCAGUAGCAUCGUGGGGUAGUGAACUCCAAGUUGUAAUAGGUUGUUUUAAAUGACGUUGCCAGGUACAAGGAAAAAGAAACAUUUAGUGGCUCACUGCAGAAAUGUUACGCAGGAAGAGUGGCGCAUUCCUAAUAGUUCUUUUGGGCUAGUGUUUCAUGAUUGCCUUAUGCUUUAUUUUGAUUAGGUUUUUUCUUUGGGAUUUAUUUUGUGACUAAUGCUGAACCAUAAGAAACCCAUAACUGAAAGGACUUGGUUUGAUAUGUUGUUCCUGAUAAAUACAGG